AAGAAAAUAAAAUGGAGGCAGAUGUGAUCACAGAUCUUCGAUGUAAACUUAAAAAGGCUGAAGAGGAGCAACUAAAAGCUGCUCAAUAUGGUUUGCAGUUGUUGGAGAGUCAGAGUGAAUUGCAGAAUCAAUUGGAUAAAUGUCGUGAUGAAAUGAUGACCAUGACUGAGAAUUAUGAACAAGAAAAAUAUACUCUUCAGAGAGAAGUUGAGCUAAAAAAUAGAAUGUUAGAGAGUUUGAGCUCUGAAUGUGAAGCUAUUAAACAACAACAGAAAAUACAACUGGAGAAAUUGAAAGAACAACUGAACAGAAGUAAUGAACAGGAAGUGAAUGAAUUGAAAAAUAAGCUAGAAAACCUGAAGGCAGAAUUAGAUGAAGCUAGACUUAGUGAAAGUCAAUUGAAAGAAAAACUAACUCAUCAGCAAGAACUCCUCCAUUGUAAAUCAGAGGAAUUGCGGAAAAUGUCUGACCGUGUGCACGAAAGCUUGUCUUCUGAGAUGCUGGCUCUUCAAAUUGAGCUGUCUGAAACAGAAAAUGCAAAGGCCACCCUCCAAGAGGAAUUGAAUGAACUGCAGUGCAGACAAGCACAACAAGAACUUCUUAGUAAGAAUUUAAUGCGCCAGGUAGACCGCCUUAAAGAAGAAAAAGAAGAACGAGAGAAAGAAGCUGUUUCUUACUAUAAUGCCUUAGAGAAAGUUCGUGAAACAAAUCAAGAUCUUCAAGUGCAAUUAGAACAGGCACUCCAGCAAACCUUGCACCCCAGUAGUAAAGGAAACUCUUUAUUUGCUGAGGUGGAAGAUCGAAGGGCGGCAAUGGAGCGCCAAUUUAUCAGUAUGAAAGUCAAGUAUCAGUCACUAAAGAAACAAAAUGUGUUUAAUAGAGAACAGAUGCAAAGAAUGAAGUUACAAAUUGCCACAUUGCUGCAAAUGAAAGGAUCUCAGACAGAAAAUGAUCAACAAGAACGGUUGCUUGCCAUGUUGGAGCAGAAGAAUGGUGAAAUUAAACAUCUAUUAGGUGAAAUUAAAAAUCUGGAAAAAUUUAAGAAUUUAUAUGAAAGUAUGGAAUCAAAGCCUUCAUCCAGCUCUGAAGUCGUAGAAGAUAAUACUUAUUACACAGACUUGCUUCAAAUGAAGCUUGACAACUUAAACAAGGAAAAUGAAAGUACUAAAGGUGAAUUGUCAAUACAGCGAAUGAAAGCAUUAUUUGAGAGCCAACGGGCUCUGGAUAUUGAGCGAAAACUGUUUGCAAAUGAAAGAUGCCUUCAAAUUUCCAAAAGUGAAAAUAUGAAACUAAGAGCUCAACUAGAUGAGUUGAAACUUAAGUAUGGUCUUGAAGAGAACACUGAAGUGCCGGUACUCAAAAAGAGGCGUGAGGUGCUGCCUGUUGAUGUGCCUAUGCCUGUCAGUGACAAUGCCAACAGUGCUGUUGUGGGACAAGAAUGUAACUGGCCUUCACCUAAAGUGGAAGCACAAUUGUGUCCUGCUAAUUUAGAAAAUAACUCACUGUUGACAAACACCAUUUCUGUAAACACGCCAGGAAUCAGUUUCUUUCCUCACAAAAAUAUGCCCAUGGAUAUUCCGCCAGUGAAGGAAAAGAAAUGUGUGAAACUUGCAGGCGUUACAACGGACUCUGAAGCCUUAAGUGAGAGAAGUGGAAACACCCCUGACUCUUCCAGGUCAGUUCCCUCCUUUCUUGAAGACAGCAAGCAGACUUCUGCAUCUCUUCUCUAUCGCUGCAUGAGCUGUGCUAUCUGUUUUUUUAUCUACCUUCUUAAUAUUGCAUGCAGUUUAAUUCCCAAGUUCCAUCUGUCUUCCUUCGACCUUUCUAAAACUUUAAGAAAGACUAAAAUGAUUGGAAGGGAAAAGGAUUCCUGAAUAAGAAAAAUUUUUAAAAGAUAGACUUUCAGUUUAGUAUAUCUGAAUUUUUUAUUAGUUUGAAUAAAUGGCCUGUUUUUUACUAGGUUGAGGUUUUUUU